AUAUAGGAUAAUAUUUUUAUUGGCAAUAUAUAUUUAUGGGUGUCAAUUUUCGGUAUUCAUUGAUAUCGAUCAUCUCACAAGUCAAUUCAAUUCAAAGAUGUAUGGAUCGUGUAUAGCUAUAGAAUUUUGCAACAAAAAAUUGAACUUUUGAUGAGUGAAAUUAUCAGAAACAAUCUUCACUGGCUAUUUACAUAAUCAUUAUACUUCUCACAUAAAAAUGAAGUGGAUCACUAAAAUCGCUUACGGUACUGGUCAAAUGCUUAAAGAUCUUGUAGCUGGAGUUAUUAGUACAUUUUACAUUGUUUUCUAUGGAGGUUGUAUCAGUUUGAGCAGUUCACAAGUUGGAACAUUAUUACUUGUUGGUCAAGUGGCUAAUGGUUUAGCCACACCGUUGAUUGGCUUUCUAUCAGAUCGUCGCCUUAUUCCAAAAACGGUGUUUGCCAAUGGCUCUCAAGUCGAUAAGCCAAAGGUUCAAGAAGUGGUCAAGGAGAAAAAGUUCUUCAGCAGAGUGAAACGUCAAUUGAAACUUGGUAGAAGGAAAUCAUGGCAUCUUGGUGGAUGUAUGUUAAUGCUUAUUGGUUUUCCACUAAUGUUUGGUCAGCCUGAGAGUUUUAUUAAAUUACCUGUGUGGGCGAAACUUGUAAUCAAUGGUGUCUUUAUGAUUUUCGUCCAGGUUGGUUGGGCAGCUAUACAAAUACCUCACUUAUCAAUUAUCAACGAUUUAACCGAUCAACACGAUGAACGAGUACUAUUGGCAUCGUUAAGGUAUUUCUUCAGUGGUAUCGGUGAUAUGUUCACUCUACUUGUAUCAUAUUUCUUCUUUGAAUCGGAGAAAGCCAAUUUAGAGCGUCAGAAAUUAAUAAAUUAUAAUAUUAACUAUAACAGGACACUCGCUACAGCAUCAUCAGGCGAAGUAGAUGGUGCACUCAAUGGUAAUAAAAAUCGUUUAAUGAAUGAAUCAAUGUAUGCUUAUAACCAAUCAUUAAUAAAUUUGGAAUAUAAGAUAACAAUUGAAGAUCUACCGAUAUUUCGAGGUGUUGCAUUAAUCGUCACCGGGAUCGGUGCGUUGUUCAUAAUUAUCUUCCACUGUGGUGUUCGUGAAGGUAAACCGAAACUCGGUCAACGUAUAGAAGUGCAGGCUUAUGCAAAUGUAAUCGAUGAAAAUUUAGCGGCUAAUACGAUAGAUGAUAAUAUAAAAAAUAAUGGUGACAAUUGCAAUGCCUCAGUUUUGAAAUCCAAAUCAACACGAAGACGAACCUACAGUCUUUCAGCAACCUUACCAUGGUAUGCAUGGUUUACACUACCACGAUUUUGGUUAAGCUGUUCUACAUUCAGUAUAAUGCGUCUUAGUGUAACUGUUUCUGCGAUGUACAUGAGUCCAUUUCUCCUGAAUUCACUACAGAUGGAUAAAAGUUUAAUGGUCUCUGUUCCAUUGGUUACUACAGUUUGCUGUCUGGUUACAUCGGUUGUUGUACAAAGAGUUACUAAGCUAUUGGGAAAUUAUAUCGGUCCAAUAUUUGGUGUUCCAUUUAUUUUAAGCUUUUGUGUUAUUGCACAUUUUCUACAGUCGGCUAAAGAAAGUCUCUUACCAAUCUAUUUUGCUGCAGCUAUUUUGGGUAUUGGUAAUACAAUUAAUAGUGUUCGAGCUUUAGUUGUUGUUACAACACUAAUCGGUGUUAAACAAGUACAAACAGCAGCAUUUGUUCAUGGAAUCGCAUCAUUUUUUGAUAAAAUUCUAACUGGCCUCUUUAUCCAAUGCAUUCAACUUCUUGUGCCUGAGUUGACUUACAGACAUAUACAAGUUUAUAUUGUAGGCAGUUUAGCUGUACUCGGUGGGAUUCUAGCGACUAUUGAUAAUCUUAUCUACUCUGAGGAUAUACAAAGUUCAAAUAUACCAUGUCUUCCAUGCUUUUAUGAGAAAACAUUUCCAUUAUCCUCAUCUAUAUUGGCAUCAUCACCGCCACUGCCGUCAUUACCAUUAGGGCAUAAGUUUAGUUCAGGUGCUAUAUUCAAUAUUGAGAUUACUGAUGACUCCACCGAAAAUGAAGAUGACGGAGAUAAUAGUAAACGUUGAUGAAACUAUUUUCAAUCUAGUUACACACAUGCAUAUAUCAACAAUCUUUUGUACUCAACAAAAGUGAUUUUUUUUAUUUCCUGCAAUUUCAGCAGUCUAAUGAUGUUUACGAGUAAAAUUUCUUCCUAAUGAACUUCAUAACAUGUAGUUCACAGUCUUUCUUUGUUCUCAUUGAGACAAUGACAAAAUCUUCUUGACGUUAUCUUCUUGUUUUUCAUGGACACGCAUUUCGAUCCAGCAGGUCUGUUUAACUGAAUAUGUGUAUUAAACUUCUAAUUGAUUCAAUGAUUCAAUCAACGGAGUCGCACAACUUGUGUAUAGAUAUUAUUAUUACAGAGAAAAAAUUGAUGUAACUUAUUUUAUUUACCGUGUUUUCCAAAGUUCUUACUACAUUGCCCGUUUGUUAACUCUCUUGACAAUCGAUAUAUAUAUAUAUAUAUAUAUAUAUAUAUAUAUAUAUAUAUAUAUAUAUAUAUAUAUAUAUAUAGCAGAACCAAACCCAGUGUUUUCAAGACUUUCAGACCACAGGGAGAACGAAACAACUAGGUACUAUCCAUUUGGGGAAUUCAACCGUAACUUCCUCUGAAAAUCGAGAAAUUUAAACUGCAUGCUGAGAUGUGCUCAGCAGUGUAGAAGACUUGACCGUUGUUUUGUCUGAUUGAGUUCAAGUUUUUCUAAAGCACACUUGUAUCGAUUAGCCUCAUAGGACCGAAUGCUUUCAAUUGCCAUAGAAAAAAGAUAAGACCGAAAAGAGACUUUGCUAUUCAAUACGUGAACCAUAUUUAAUUUGUUGGUUGUUUUUUAAAUGUUUGUGUCAUUUAAGUAAGCAAAGGAAACUUUCCUUUUGUACUUUAUAUUUCUGUUGACUUAGUUUUCUUCUCUUCAUCUUUCACUUCACUGCCUUUUACUUGAUGUACUGAUAUGAAGUGUAGCAACUCGGACUGCGAAGCAGUAAUACCUAGUCCUAUGUUGUUGUUGUUGAUGAUGAUAAUGAAUAAACAGAUGUUUUAUUUUC